AUGGCAUUUAUAAUGAUUAUGGCAACUCAUAUUCCAUACAUAAGAUUUUUCUUAGAAAUCAAACAGCAAAUGUUGGGAUUCAAGGAUAUGCGAUUGUAUGGAUCAUUUUCAGGGGUGAUUAUAUUGAUGGACACAUAUAAAUGGUAUUCUACUUUUCAAAAAUUAAUCAAUUUGGAUGAAAACUUGAAUACUUCAAAUCGACAAACAUUGAUUCAAUUUUUCGCUAAAUCUUUUCGAUUCACAUUUAAACUGAAUACUUUAUUUAAAUAUGGUUUUUAUUUGACAUCUAUAAAAAUGACCUAUAUUUUAACGAUGGAAUUUUUGGAAGCAAAAAUCUCAAUCAAUCAAUUAUUAAUUGGCAUUUUAACUUCUCUACUAAUGUUUUCAAAUAUUGAUCAUUUUAUAAUGGGUAUCUCUAUGGAGUUGAUUUAUUUAGUGUUCAGUUUGGGCUAUCUCAAAAUUAACAUGAGGCAAUUGAUCGGAGAGGUUUUUUUCAUUGACAAAUUGAAACUAAUCGAAAUGUUUUUAUUUAAUUUUGUAUUCUUUAUUUUGUUAUAUAAAAAAAUGGUUAUAUGA